AUGACGGAAAUCAGCGAGAAGGAGAAUGAACCACAAAACAGGGACCUUCACCGACCACAGGCUACAGUGCCCUGUCAGACUGAAUCAAAGUUGCAGCGGCUGAAGCGCUCCCUGUCCUUCAAAUCAGUCAUGCGCAGCAAGAGUGUGGACAACUUUUUCCAGCGCAGCAAUGGUGAAGCCCGCUCACCCUCCGCCCUCAUCACCACACCACCACCUCCACCAUCUCCUCCCCCCUUCUCUGAGUCCCCUCUGGCCUAUGAGCGCUCUCCCUCCUUGUCCCCCUCAAUCAGUCCCAACCCUUCAUUGUCAUCACACUCACCUUCAAUCAGUCCCUCACUGUCCGUCACCUCCAAAACUCAGCCAAAGACUCAGGCCCAGCUGAUGCAGCCGGUCAAGACCCACUGUUUCCAGGAGCACGUCUUCCGUAGGCCUGCCAGCUGCCAGCGAUGCAAACACAUGAUCCAAGGGAACUCCAAGCAGGGGCUGCGUUGUAAAGCCUGUAAGCUGGCGGCCCACCUCUGGUGCUCAUCAGAGCUCUCCCAGCAGCCCUGUAACGGCAAGACAGGAGCUUUCAAGAGAAACUUCAGCUCUCCUCUGCUCACCAUCGAUCCUCUGGGUGUGGUCAGAGAGGCUCCUGCUGCUCAGGAAGCAGAUAAUGGCAUUGUUGACCCUGUGUACGAGGCACUGCGCUAUGGGACGUCACUGGCUCAGAUGAGUCGCUCCAGCUUCGGCAGUAUCUCAGAGUCGCCCUGUCAUGAGACAGAAAAACCGCAAGACAAACUUGAAAACCAGCCUAUAGUUGAAGAGGAACAAAUCCCAGGAAUGCUCACUCCUCCUGAAAGCGAGAAGGCUGAUUCAGAAGACAGGGUCAGCCUGAAGACUCCCAAACGAGUGGAGGUCCACUCCAUCCACACCUACGUGGCUCUGUACAAGUUCCUGCCUCAGGAGAAGAACGACUUGGAACUACAGCCUGGUGAUCGAGUUCAAGUCACAGAUGAUUCCAAUGAGGACUGGUGGAAGGGGAAAAGCAGAGACAAGGUGGGAUUUUUCCCAGCCAACUUUGUGCAGCGGGUCCGCCCUGGCGAGCGGGUGUGGAAGGUCACCGCUGGUUUCCACGGCAACCGAGACAAAGGCCAGAUGACUGUAAAAGAGGCCCAGAUCUGUGUGGGGAAGAACGAGGAGAUUGACGGUUUCCUCCGACUGACCAGCGGGAAAAAGAGAGGCUUGGUACCUGUGAAGUAUCUGCUAGAGAUAUGA